UGGGGAAAUCCGUCAGCGUGACGUCACGGCAGGCUGCAGACAGCCGGGAGGCGGAUCUGAAAGAGCCAACCCCACAGCAGCGUGUCUGAGCAACAUGAAACAUGGAUGAGGAGGUCGCUGAAAGUUGGGAGGAAGCGGCUGAUAGUGGGGAAAUGGAAAAGCGGUUGGAAGAGAAGCUGAGGAUCAGUCAGAGAGAGAAGGAGUCUUCGCGAUCUCCCCUGAAAACCACCGUGGUGAUACAGGACGACUCCAUGCCGGCAGCACCUCCACCUCAGAUCCGCAUCCUGAAGCGGCCAGCAAACAACGGCUCGCUCGGAUCGGCCCUAAAUCAGAGCAGACCCACGCUGCAGGUCAAGUCUUUGGCCCAGCGAGAAGCAGAGUACGCAGAGGCCAGGAAGAGAAUACUGGGCAGCGCCUGCCCGGAGGAGGCGCCUCAGGACAAGCAGAACACUGACAGGCUCGGGCGCAAUAACUCUACGUUGCCUUCAGGGGAAACCCGAUCAAACCAUCACACCGUCCGGCAGCCGGCAGGCCCCGACGGCUCCCACGGGUUCCGACAACACAGAUAAGUUUGGCCUGGAGGGGCCGCCCGGCCAUGGAGAGGAGGGGGGGGGGGGGGGGGGGGGGGGGGAGAACCCAAGGGUCACCGGAGAGAACUGUAAAAGUUUGGACACUUCCCUCCUUCAGCUCCCAUCUGUGGGAUGGGCUGUGAGCACAGAGGACUGAUAAGAGAGGCUCUCCCCCCCCCCCCCCCCCCCCCCCCCCCCCCCAAGCUCGUCUGUUUGGCACUGUGAUGAUGGACUUCUUUUGGACUCACUGUGAUGACCCCCCCACCCCCCUUUAAGUGACGCCCCUCGCCUCCGUCCUCCCUCCGCCCCGGGGCCUCCUGAAGGACACCUGAAGGGCAGAAGCAAAGACUUGUAACAAAGGACAGCUCAGAGAGGAGGGGACACGAGGGGCCAUAUCAAAACGAAUUAAGCUGGUACUGCAGCAGCUUUCUUCCCAGCAAUAAUACCCAACGUCACCCUCCAAACCUUUUUUUUUUUUGUUUGUUUUAAAUGUUUUUUUUGACUCGCAAGGUUUUAAUUUUUUGUUGUGCUGUUGCUUGUGUUUAUCUUAGGGAUGCGCUGAUGUCUAAGGAUACAUUUUUUCAUAAUCCGCACGCAAUAGUCAAUAAGUCGGUCAUUCACAUUGAGAUUUUAAGUAAACACAAUAUGAUGUUUUUAUGAAAUGGAAACAUGCAUCCUCUCUUCCUUCCUAUGGUUUCAGCUGAUUUUACAGACAGUAGGAAACAGCGACGCUCAUCGUUUAACCCGGGUGUUGGUUAUCAGUGCAGCCCUGAGGUCAUUUGCCAUUUUUUUUUUUUUUUUUUUUUUUUAAAGAAGAGGUUUCAGGUGAUUUGGUGUUUGUCAGGUUGUAUAUUUGACAACUUCUGUUUACGGUUUUGUUUUGUUUUUUUAAUUAAACUUUCCAGCUGUCUUCCUCUGACUUUCACUGUAUAAUCUUAUUUAAAAAAGUAAAAAACUAAAGAUGAGAUUGUGAAUUUGAGUAGAUUUUUGAAUUGCAUUCUUGCCUUUAAAAAACAAAAAAAGGUUCGCAGCAUUGCCAGAGCAGCGUUUUAAUUGAAGCCAAAUCCAAAGCCCUUUUCUAAUAACCUAAAAAUGUCAGACGACGACAAGAGGGCGCUGUGGUGAAACGACUUUACCGUUGUCGAAUCCCCUUUGUUGCCACACUGAAGCGCAGCACGUAGGAACUCAGGUGCACGUGAACGAGACUGAAUGAAUGAAAGAUGAACCCAGAUUGUAUUUUUUUUUUUUUUGGAUCAGCUACUGUCCAUAUUUAAGCUCGGAUUGCCCGUCUCUGAUGUUCAAAGGUGAAUGAAUUCCAGGUUUGUAGCUUGUCUGACUUUCUGGCAUCUGGCGCCGCUUUCCCCGUGUGACCCAGGCAUGGAGCCACAUCUGGAUGUGGCGCCGCUGGGGGGAGCCGACUGUGGCUUUCCAGGACCGCUGUGCCCUAUAGAUGUUUCUCAAUAAAAAAAAAAAAAAAA